UUGAGCUCAGCUUCAGCGACACCUGCUGCUCUAUUGAAGGCUUCAGACCACAGCAGUCGGUAACGAAAACUCACGCGUUUCGGAGCGUUUUUCAGUAGUGCUUAGAACUGUGAAGAAAGAUAAAGUGCAAGUUCCUGUUUCCUUUUUUUUUAAAGGAUUAAGACUAUAAAUAAAAAUAAUUUAAAAAUUUUUAUAUAUUCAAAUAAUUGUGUGAUUAAAAACAAAACCAAUUAUGGCAAAAAUAUUAUUUUGUGCGGCUUUGAGCUUAGCUGUUUUCUGCUCAUUGGUUAACGCCCAAUGCAAGGAAGCUAAUGGUACCUAUCCAGUAUCAGGCUCAUGUGAUUCUUAUAUCGAAUGCAAGAACGGUGUUGCUGAGGAAAAACUUUGCCCAGAUGGUUUGCUCUUCAAUGAGAAAUCAACUGGGUAUCCAUGUGCUUACCCUAUUGAUGUAGAGUGCACACAGCCACAAGCACGUUUGCAAGCCGCACAACCCACCGACGAUUGUCCACAUCAGUUUGGCUAUUAUCGCAUGGGCGAUGAGACUCACUGUGGUCAGUUCAAAAAUUGCGCUUCCGGAAGGGGUUACGUAUUCGAUUGUCCUGAAGGUUUGGCUUGGAACAAAGACACAUACAAGUGUGAUUGGCCAGAUCAAGUACCUGAUUGUGAUGCUGAAAAAUUCUUGGGCUUCCAGUGUCCAGCAGUUGUUCCACGUUCUGCACUUUUAGGCGAACAGGAGGAAGAAUAUCACUUCUAUCCAUCGAACGAAAAUUGUCAAGUUUACUUUAUUUGCAUUGAGGGCCGUCCACGUCGUAUUGCUUGUGGUGAAGAUCAAGCAUUCAAUCAAGAGAUCAAUGCCUGUGACGAUAUUGAGAACGUGUCCACCUGCAGUGCCGAUAUCAGACAGCGCGGAUUAGACAUUAAAAAAGCCCGCGUUGAUUUACGAGGCCGUUAAAAAAUCUUUUUUUUUAAAUGUUAUGUAUAAUAUUUUUAUGUUAUAUAAUCUUUAAAUAAUUAAACAAUCUUACUUAUGACUUUGUUUAUGUUUCACAGAGAUUUUCUAGUCCAUAGUUAAAUACCACAAUGAUUUUUGGCACUCAAAAAGUGUUCACUUUAUUAAAUUCAA